CCGUCAUCGUCCCCAUAACACAACACUCAAACAGAGUCAGGGGAAGCCAGAGAAGUCGAAGACGCCAUGGCAAGGAUCAAGGUUCAUGAGCUGAGAGAGAAAUCAAAAACGGAUCUUUCCACUCAGUUGAAAGAUUUCAAGGCCGAGCUAGCUCUUCUCCGCGUCGCCAAGGUCACUGGAGGUGCUCCCAACAAGCUCUCUAAGAUCAAGGUGGUGAGGAAAUCAAUCGCUCAGGUGUUGACAGUGAUCUCACAGAAGCAGAAGCUUGCUCUGAGAGAGGCGUAUAAGACCAAGAAGUUUUUGCCUCUUGAUCUUCGUCCCAAGAAGACUAGAGCUAUCAGGAGGAGACUCACCAAGCAUCAGGCAUCGCUGAAGACAGAAAGGGAGAAGAAGAAAGAAAUGUACUUUCCAAUUAGAAAGUAUGCUAUUAAGGUGUAACCUUGUUCUUAUUAAUCACAUCAUCAAUCUUUGUGUUUUGAAUUUUAGCUCUUGAGUGAGUUGGCUUUUUGUUUUAUGUUCCAUGUUAAAGACUCAUCUGAAUGAUAGAUUUUGAUUCACAAACGCAUUA